AUGAAGUACACCACCGCUGUUGCUGCCCUUGCGGGUCUCUCUGUGGCCGCUCCCACCCAGAAGCGCCAAUCCGCACCGACUGAUGCCGACAUUCUCCAAUAUGCCCUCACGCUCGAGCAUCUUGAGAAUGCUUUCUACAAGGAAGGCCUCUCAAACUACACCGAGGCCGACUUCGCUGCCGCCGGCUACGACUCCACCUUCUACAACAACAUCAAGACGGUUGGCUCUGACGAGUCCUCCCACGUCGACUUCCUGACCAAGGGUCUGACGGCCGCCGGCGCCACCCCCGUCAAGCCCUGCACCUACGCCUUCGGCGCAACGGAUGUCAAGACCUUCCUCGCCACCGCCGCCAUCCUCGAAGGCGUCGGUGUCUCCGCCUACCUCGGCGCGGCCGCGGACAUCAUGUCGAAGACGUACCUCACGGCAGCUGGCUCGAUCCUGACGGUCGAAGCGCGGCACGCGUCGUACAUCCGCGGCGAGAUCAAGCAGUCACCUUUCCCGCAGCCCUUCGACGACCCGCUCUCGCUCAACGAGGUCUACACCCUCGCCGCGCAGUUCAUCACGUCGUGCCCGUCCGACAACGCGCCGCUGCCCGUCAAGGCGUUCCCGACGCUCGUCGCGAGCUCCGAGGACGAGUGGGUCAAGACCGGCAGCACCGUCAUGCUGAGCACGCCCGGCUACGAGGUCCAGGCCGCCGAUGGCGUGCAGAUCUACGGCGCCUUCAUUACGGUGACGGGCCCGGUCGUCGCUGAGGCGACGAGGGUCGAGGGCGGCUUCACUGUUGUUGUGCCUGAGGGUGUGAAUGGUCAGAGCUAUGUUGUUCUGACGGGUUGCAAGGAUGCUGUUACGGAUGACACGGUUGCGGCGGGCCCGGCUAUUGUUGAGAUUAGCAACUAA